AAGAAGGAGGCGGGGCCUUUGUUGAUCAGCUGUAGUGUUAGAGCGCCGUACUAUUUGGCAAAGAAAAGAGGGGAAAAGAGAGCCAGUGCCGACACUGAGUCUUGUCGACUGGCAAUAGGGCCAAGCAAGAAUUGAAUAUCAACAUUGAUCACCAUGGAGCUGAGUGAAGACACUGGAUGGUUAGCUUCGGUCCCUGUCACGGUGGUUUGCGUGUGUUCUAUCAUUGCAGUCAUACUGGGGAAUGCACUAUUUCUCACACCUGAACUUAUAGAUGGUAUCUAUGCUCAGCCAGGUCAGUGGUACUUCCUGAAGAGAACAUUCAUCUAUUUUUCCAUCUUACUGAGGAAAUGGAGAAGCAAACAAAGUUACAAAGGACAGGCAGGAGCCGGCUAUGGGCAGCUAUCGACAGAGGUAUCAGAAGACUUAGAAUUUGUGACAGAAGUUGCUGACAAACCUCAUGCUUUCAACUCUGUUUACACUUUCGGUGUCAGUGCAACUGGGGAAUGGCUCGUUGCCAGGAUUGGACUAAGACCCAACGGCGAGCGGAGUUGCUGGUUUAUUCUUGGUCUACCUGGCAUCGGGGACCUGGUCCAUGCUCGGUACCCUGACUGUGUGGUCCAAGGGGACCUGUCUUUAGGGUUCAAGGCUGGCGGGCUGACGAUGGAGGUCGUUGAACCCAUGAAGCUUUGGAGGAUCUCUUACAAUGGUCUCUGCAAAGCUGGUUUCCAAGAAAAUAUAAAGAGUACAGAUGAAAGGCCUCUCAUUCAUGUUCGUUGCUCAUUCAUGUGGUCAGCCUUUACUCCUAUCUUCAACUUUGACACAGAUCUGAAUUCUUGGCAUAACAGUGGGAAUGUUGCGAGGGAGCCCUGGAAUAGGGAGUUCUUCAAGAAGUUGAGGGGUAUGCAUCAGACACACUAUGAGCAGUACGGCAUGUUGAGGGGUGUGGUCAAGGUCGAAGGUCAUGAUGAGAGGACCCUCGUCAUGAGGGGCAUAAGAGAUCAUUCUUAUGGUGUUCGUGACUGGGCAGCUUUCUAUCGCUAUGCUCUUCACUUUGGUGUACUCGAGGAUGGCUCUUCUUUUCAAGUUGGAGUAUUCUCCAUCCCUGGAUACCUCUCUCACUUGUCAAUAGGAUACUUAUUCAUGCCGAAUGGAGUAAAAUAUGCCCUGACAUCGACUGACAUUUCACUUCCCAAACUACUAUGUGGAAACCAACCCCCUGACAAGUACAGUUUCACAUUUAGCAUUGAAGAUGGAAGGAAACUGUGGGUCAAGGUUGAGGUGGAGUCUAGUCCCGUCUUUUACAUGGGUUCGAACUGGGAGGUCAAAGUUCAUGAGAGGAAGGCAAAGUUCACAGUCAGUGGGGUCAAAGGUUGGGGCAUCAGUGAGUUCCUUUACAGGAAUGAUGGUGGAAGGCCCAGUCACUUCCAUCAGGAGAAGGUUCCUCUUGUCAUUGAACCAGAACCCUGUCAAGAAGCCCUCAAUCAGUUUGUACUUCCAUUCACAAACCCAGCAUGUCAAUCAACCAAGCUAGUAGGAGGCAAAGGGGCUCAGCUUGCAAUAUUAACCCAUCUCAGGAAUCAAUUAAUGCCUAAGUUUGAUGUCCCACCGGGCUUUUGUGUGACCAGCAAUGCAUUCCAAGUUCAACUCAAAUCUUGUCCUAAACUCCAAGAAGCAGUCAAGGGAUUAUGUGAGGUAUCCACAGACCUCCGAUGUGCAUCGCUGGAAGACACGUGUAAUUGGGUUUGUGAGCUGUUUAGCAACACUCCUGUAUGCGCCGAGAUCAGUUCUGACAUUAAGAAGGAAUUGGAGAGACUCUUUGGCAAAGACAACACCAAGAGGAUGUUUGCUGUCAGGUCAUCUGCUAUAGGUGAAGAUACAGCAGAAAUGUCUGCAGCAGGUCAGCUGACUACCAUCCUUGGGGUCAAAGGUUAUGAUAAGGUAUGCAAAGCUGUUCAAGAGUGCUGGGCUUCUCUGUUCUCAUUCCAGGCUGUACAAUACAGAAGGCAAAGAGGACAGUCUGUUGAAUCGACCAUGGGUGUCGUCGUCAUGGAAAUGGUUCCUUCAGAAAUAUCAGGUGUUCUUUUUAGUCGUGACCCGGUAGAUGGAAACCCGGCAGUGGUCCUCAUCAAUGCUAACUAUGGGUUAGGUGAGUCUGUGGUAUCCGGUGUAGCUGACCCUGACACCAUCACUCUCAGGAGGAAGAGGAAGGAUAAGUUUGAGAUUACAAAGAUUGAGGUGGGAUCCAAGAAAAAGGCAAUAAUGCUUGAAGAAUCUGGUGGAACUCUAACAAAGGACUUGCCCGACAUGGAUUCACAGAAAGCUUGUAUUUCCAAUGAGGUGGCUUUUGAUUUAGCGAGGCUAUCAAACAAGCUAGAGGAGAGGUUUGGGGACCCCAGAGACAUAGAAUGGGCCUACAGCAAUAGAACCAUAUACUUACUGCAGGCACGUCCGAUCACCACCAUAGAUAUGAUGACGGACUACGAAUUGCUUCAUGAGUUUGAUUCAGGCAUUGCUACGGAUAGAGAGUGGUUAACUACUUGUAAUAUCCAAGAGAUGAUGCCAGGUGCAGUAACACCUCUCACUUAUAGUGUCUUUGUGUCCGCCAUUGAUUGGUGUUUACAGAAAUUCCUGACUGGUUUUGGAGGACCACCUUCAGUUUGGCCCUGUUUGAAGUCAGUAGCAACCAGCUGUGGAAAGAUCUUCAUCAGUCUCACCAAAGUUGGUGCAUGCCAUGAGGAUUACACAGCAGGGGUUCGCAAGGAUAUGAUGGAGAUUGCACUGCUAGGUCAGCUUCUUGAAGACUUCACAACAGCCGACAUCCACUCCUACCAUGGGCCCCCAAACCAUCUCAUCCACAGGAUCUGGAAUUGUUUUAAGAUGAUACGGGUUGUUCUAAAUGCCAAGAAAGAUGUGGAGAAGUUGGAGAAGAAACUUGACUCUUUUAGGAUCAAAGAGUGUCGUACCGCUGCCGGACUAUACCAAGAAAUAGACUCCAAGAUACCGGAUCUCUAUGAGGCAUGGAGAGCCUCAAUGUUUCUGAGUUCAGCUUCCAGCUCUUAUAGUAACGUGCUCAUGGCCGUCUUAACCAAAGGCUCAGCUAAAUGGGAGACAAUUCACUACUCAGAAGUAGCCAUGUUGCUUUCAACCUGCCCAAAUGUUCCCAGUGCAGAUGUUCCUAUGGCUUUAGAGAACAUUGUCAAGGCAGUGAUGAAGGAAGGUAAAUCUGAAGCCUUUGUUAACUGGGAGCCUUCUAAAGCCCUGCAAUGGCUACAGGGAAAAGAGAGCAAGUCUGCAGGCAAAAUCUUCAGGAAGUUUCUACAGGAGCAGGGCCACAGAUGCAUACGAGAAUCUGAGUUCAGGGAGGCAUCGUGGAAGAUGCAACCAGUGAAAGUCAUUCCAGUCAUACAGUCCAUACUGAAAGGUGGAAACAUUUCUCGUUCCAAGAAGGAGCUGAGUGUUAAUGAUGCCAUAAAGCAACUCAAAUCACCCAUCACUUUCUUUGAGAGGAUGAUUCUGAAGAUCUUCAUUCCCAAGGCUAGAGUGGCUGUUGGACACAGAGAGUGGGGAAAGUCUCUUGCAGUUAAGAUGCAUAAUCACUUGAAAGAAGGAUACUGGAGACUGGCCCAGCUCAUGGUAGAAGAAGGAAGGCUACCUGAGAGUGAUCUGAUCUUCUUUCUCACUCAUCGUGAGAUAGGUCUCCUCCUGAAGAACAGGUCUCCGCUCAUUUUAUCAAAAGCGAUCCGUCGUAGGAAGCUGUUGCCUGUCCAGAUGGCCAUGAACUACCCAGAGGUAUUCAGGGGAAGUCCCCAGCCAAUAGAGACACAGAGGAAGACAAAUGCUCUUGUGACACUGAAAGGUCUACCAGUAUGCCAGGGUCGUGUAGAGGGUACUGCUAGAGUAGUGACAAGAUUGGAAGAUGCUGGUACUAUCCAGUCUGGUGAUAUCUUGAUAGUGAUCUUCACAGAUGUUGGUUGGAGUCCUUAUUUCCCUCUGAUUGGUGGGUUGGUGACAGAGCUAGGAGGACUCAUCUCACAUGGUGCUGUUGUUGCUCGUGAGUAUGGCAUCCCAUGCAUAGUCAAUGCUAAAGGAGCAACUGCCUCUUUCCAGUCGGGAGAUCAUGUUGUUCUUGAUGGAACCAAAGGCACUAUCCAGAAGAUCUCAUCAGCCUAACCAGUAGGCCUAAUGACGAUUAUAGUGAAAUAAAGUAUUAUAACAGAACAAUCAGUUAAAUCUUUAAAAAAAGAAAGGUAGAUAGAUUGAUUGAUAGUAUUCAAUCCAUUCAUCAUUUGAAAAAAAAAGCAGGGUCCAUUUAAAGCAAACAUACAUAACAUGAAAAUCAUAAUAUAAUACAAUAU